AUGACCCCCCCCGACACGCCGCCCGAUGGCACCUUCCUGGUGAUAGGCGCGCUCGCCGACUCCGAGAUCCAGCAACGGCUCCGGGAGGCGCUGGAGGAUAAGGACGUCGGGUAUCCGGUCCCUGGGCACCCGCCGAUGCGCCCGGAGCCGGGCUUCGUGGACCUGGGCUCGCUGACCCGGGUUAAGGACUCUCUCCCGCCGGUGCCGGAGGAUGCCGCACGGAGGGCCCUCAACCGCGUUCAGGCGGAGAAGGACAACGCUUCUCCCCGUGGUGUCAGCCUGCGGCUGGCGCCCAAGAAGAUGCUGCGGUCGUCGUCCUCCUCUGGGGGACGGGACGCCGCCCCGCCAGCGGCGACUGGCGGGGUUCCUGGCGUGGCCGCGGGUCUCCCAGCGGAGGUGGCCGCUGAGGGGCCGGUCGUCGGGACGGCGGCGGGGUCAGCCGCCAGAGGGGGAGCGGACCCCACUCCGCCCGCGGCCCCACCGGAUGCGGAGACGGCGGUGGGCGGGGCGGAUGCCCCUGCUGACGUGGCGAGGUCGGAGGCGGAGGGGGCGCUGGUCCCCGAGGGCGCGGCAGUGGUGGAGGUACCGGUGCCGGAGGGUGAGGUCCCCGCCCCGGCUGCUCCCACGGGGGUGCUUCCGGCGGCCGAGGGGGACGUGCCCACAGAGGUGCCGUCGGCGGCCGCGGUGGCGACGGGCGUGCAGGCGCCGGAGUCGUCGGUGGUGCACGGCGGUGUCGCCCGGGCUCAAGCGGCGCUGACCUCGGCGUUGGGAGCCUUGGCCGACACCGUAGUCCCUGGCAACCAGGCUCUCCAGGAGGCCAGCCUGGAGAAAUCCAACUUCCUCCGGCGACAGCGGAAACUCUGGGAGCACUACAUCGCCAAGAGGGAGCGUUCCAGGGGUCUGGCCCUGCAGCUCGGUGCUGCCCAGGGGGCCGCCGCCAUGGAGAAGGCGCGCCAUGACGCCGAGGGGCUAAGAGCAGCUGCUACCGAGCAGGCCCGCCGGGACGCUGAGGAACUGGCGCGGCUGAGGGGGGAGAACGCAGCCUUUCGAGCGGAACGCGACCAAUUCCGUUUGCAGGUGGACGGGCUCCAGACCGCCGUGUCCCUCAGUGUCGCCCGGGAACACGAGCUGAAGGCCAAGGCCGACGGUGAGGCUCUUUCUGCUUCC